ACCAGCUAUAAAGAUUGUCAGUGCCAGCAUCAUGGAGGUAGCCUUUUGGUAAUUCGAACAUUGACUAAGAAACCAGUCUAUUUGAACAUUCUGAUCCAGAACAUCUACUUCUGACCUCUACAAUUUUCCAUCCUCAAUCCCAUCAACUUGAAUACCUUACAAGCCACCAUGUCUUUCCUCACCCGCAUUGCCCCCGCUGCUCGCACAGCUUCGCUGUCUCUCCGACCUGCGACUACUCCCGUAUUCUCCGUGGGUGCCACCCGCUCGAUCUCCGCCACUGCCCGUCGUGACAAGGGACCCAUCGAUGCCACCAAGGACACCCUGAAGAAGGCCGACCGCAAGGUUUCGGAUGCCGCUGUGAAGGGCAUUGAAGUAGGAGAAAACGCCGCUGAAAAGGUCAAGAGCACCGUUGGCAGCACCACCGCUGAGGCCAAGGCCAAGACCGACGAACUGUCUGGUGAGGCAUCUCAAGUGGCUGGCCAGGGCAAGGGCAAGGCCGAGGAGGCACUCGGUACUGCCAAGGGCAAGGCAAAGGAGGCCGCUGGAGAGGUCAAGGGCAAGGCCAAGGAAACUGCUGGACGGUUUUAAACGGGGCCCCAGAUGGAGACACUAAACGCACGCUUGACGACCUGCAUGAAACAAUCCAAGAUGGGGAAUCAUAAACCUGUACUAUUAUAUUCAUAGUUAAUGCAUUGGAAUGAACGAUCUAAAG